CCAAAACUGAAUCAAACAUCAUCUUGACCUGUCUGGCCACCGGCUUCUACCCUAAAGACAUCAUUAUGAAUAUCAGAAGAAAUGGGCGUGUCCUGACCGAGGCUGACGGGCUGCAGACAUCCGGGGUUCUUCCAAACGAUGACGACACCUUUCAGCAAAAACUCCAUGUAGAGAUUCUGAAGUCUGAUGUUUCCACCUACACCUGUGAGGUCAACCAUCGUGGCUCUGACUUGCAUGUUGAAGACAAAUGGGUUCCUGAUCAAAGCGGCGAUCCAACCAUCAUUGGCGUCGUGGUUGCAUUGGUUGUCUUGGGCGGGGUCAUUUGUGCUGUUCUGUUUCUGUGUAGAGACAAGCUCUUCGGUACCAGUAAGUACAUUGCUGUGAUGGAGUAAAUACAUUUUUGCAUAUUGUUUUUCUUUUUUCAAAACAGAAAAUAAAAACUUGGAGAAGGCAGAGGGUUUCUUUCCCAGGACAAAGAUACCUUAGUUACCAGGAAUUGUCAUGCUUUCAUUAAGGAUGUGCAUCUUAUUUUGGCUCUUAACUUAAUCAUGUGACUCAUUCUUAAGACUUCUAUUAUAUUAUUUAAGCAAUAAUGGAUAGUAUAACUUAGAAAG